AUGUCGACCACCGAGGGAGCCUCUCUUGGCGCUAAAGUCAUCGCCGAGGCGAACAGCAAACCGAUUGUUGUUACCGCUGUAGACUCUAAGUCUUCGGAAGCGUCCCCUUCGAAAGCAGACGGCGUCGAAUCGGGCGACGAGCUCUUGGCUGACGAUGUUGAAUACGUGAACGGUCACCCGGUGAUUCGUAAUGGCGUCGACGUCUCCAAGUUCGUGGUGUCGGAUCGUGACGAUGGCGACCCUGCCUUAACCUUCAGAUCGAUCGUUCUGGGUACAGUGUUCACGGCCCUGUCCAGCGUCAUCACCAUGUUGUACACUUUCAAGCCAACCCAGAUGCAAGUUUCGGCAGUCUUUCUACAGCUCUUGGUCUUCGUGUUCGGCGAAGCAUGGGCUUUGGCAACUCCUCGUCCCGACCGAUUCAAGUGGAAAUGGCUGCAGACAACCCUUCGUUUCGUCAACAGCGGACAAUCGUUUGGCAUCAAGGAGCAUGUUGUCGCAUCCCUCAUCGCCUCGUCUGGAAACAAUGGUCUUUCUGGUGUUGAGAUCUACGCCGUCGAACGUCUCUUCUACGACCGCGCAGUCACUGCCACCACGGCGAUCCUCGCUACUUUUUCGAUCUCCCUUUGCGGCUUCGUGCUUGCUGGCGUACUUCGACCUUUGAUCGUCUACCCCGCUGAGAUGGUCUACUGGUCAACACUUCCACAAGUGGUCUUAUUCCAAAACCUUCACUUCGAUCGCAUCGCCAACCGCGACCGCCUGAUGAAGUUCGGCAUCGCCCUUGGUAUAGCCGCAGUAUGGGAGAUCUUCCCAGCCUACAUGGUGACUUGGUUUGGUGGUAUCUCGGUCGUUUGCCUUGCAUCAAUGGGGGCCCCGACUGGUACACGUACUGUCAUCUCCACCAUCUUUGGCGGAGCGUCCUCGAACGAGGGUAUGGGCUUACUCAACUUCUCGCUGGACUGGCAGUACAUCCAGAGCACCUACCUGUCAUUGCCAUUCAAGCAACAGUUGAACUCGUGGAUUGGCUACGCUAUCUGGUAUAUUGUCAUGCCGGCACUCUUCUAUAGUAAUACGUGGGGUGCCAAGACAUUCCCCUUCAUGUCGACGUCCCUCUUCGCCAGCAACGGCACUAGAUGGUCGACGACAUCGGUCCUGAACGACCGUGGGGUAAUUGACUACGACAAACUAGACCAGGCCGGUCUUCCUCACUUGACAUCCAGCACAGUCUGGGGUUAUCUCACUGCGAGCAUGGCCAUUGGCGCCUUGAUCACUCAUGUCAUCAUCUUCUACGGCAAGGACAUGGUCGAUGCAUGGAAGCAGGCCCGCAGCCGGACGCAACCAGACAUUCAUUACCAGGCCAUGUUGAAGUACAAGGAGGUUCCAAUGUGGUGGUACAUUGCGCUCUUUGUUCUGACCUUCAUCGCUGGCCUGAUUGUGAACAUCAAAGGCGAAACCACUCUCCCGGUUUGGGGGUACAUCAUAUCACUGCUCCUAGGCGGCUUCAUCGCACCCUUUUCAUGCAUCCUUUACGGUCUUUACGGAACUGGCGUCAGCACCAAUCAAAUCUCGAAAAUGGUUGCCGGCGUCGUGCAUCCUGGCAGGCCUCUGGCAAACCUCUACUUCGCAAGUUGGUCUCAUCAGGUCAUCCUCCUGGCUGUCAACCUAGCCAACUGGCUUAAGGUUGGCCAAUACACUAAGAUCCCUCACCGCGUGAUGUUCGGCACGCAGAUCUACGGAACCCUUCUCGGUGCAGGUCUCAACUACGCCGUCAUGACCACGAUCGUCAACAACCAGCGCGAGAUUCUCCUCGAUCCCAAGGGAACGAAUGUCUGGAGCGGCUCUACCAUGCAAAGUCUCAACUCCCAGGCCAUUACAUGGGCGCUAGCCAAAGAGAUGUACGGGAUGGCAGGCCGCUACGUCAUCGUUCCUCUGGGCUUGCUCAUCGGCGCUGCUAUGCCCGUGAUUCACUGGGGUCUCAUCAAACUGAUCCCGCGAUUGAAAAACUGGCCGAUCAACACCACCAUUAUUAUUGCCUUUUCAGGAAACGUUUACUUCGGCAACACUUCAUGGAUCUGGUCCUCGAUUGCAGUCGGUGUCUUCUCGCAGUUCUGGCUUAGACGUCGUCUUCCGCGCAUCUACAACAAGUACAACUACCUCAUUGGAGCGGCGCUGGAUGGAGGAUCUCAAGUUGUGAUUUUCAUCUUAUCUUUCGCUGUCUUCGGUGCAAGUGGCAAAGAACACCCGUUUCCAACUUGGUGGGGGAAUCCAUCGGAUACUAACCCGGAUCACUGCCUAUGA